AUGUUUUCUAAUGGAGAUUGUUAUAGAACUUUUAGAUUUAACAUCAUUAAUAAAAAAGCAACAUACCUACGUUUAGAACUUAAAGUACAGACAAUGACUGUACAACAAAAGCACGCACCUUGCGCUGUGCCGGCACUCUCGUACUUAGACUUGAGCUUGGCGGCGGUCGCGCGGGCGUCAGACCUCACGGAGUCAGUCGUGCUUGAGCUCCUGAACGAGAGAGUUGUGGAGAAAGUGGACGAGAAGGAGGAGCCCAAGCCCAGGCCGAGGGUGGCGCGGUAA